UCCGAAUGCACCAGAGAGAAUCUCCCAAAACAUAGAAGUUAGCAAUUGUUUCUGUUUUUGCAGUGUCUAAACGUAUAUUUCAGUAUAAAUUCAGCCUUCAGUGAAUACACAUCAAGUUGAGUGUGUUGAGCAGCAUCGUGGACAAUUAUCUAGAACACAUUUGUAUUGAAAUCAACUGUGGAAAAUUACUGUUUUAAUUCAAUUCUGUUAUCAUUCGGUCAGUGCGGUCAAUUUGUUAAGACUUUUAUUCUCUUCAAUUUAGUAACACAUAAAAAAGCUGCACAUAUAGUGUUAAAGAGUUUUACGCACGGCUGGAUUUGAGGGGCCUUUGGCCUUGUAGGACACAGCUUCAUUUGAUAGGCCUUUGAUUUCUGAUAUCAAGAGGUUUCAAGCUGUAAAAUCGGUAAUUGUAAAGAAAAAAAUUAAUUUUAACAACACCGGGUGAUGAAAUAGCCUAGCAUCAAAAACACAGCAAGCCAUAUCUAGUAUUUCACAGAAACUCAUUGUGAUAACAGCUUGUAAGCGGGACAAACUUGUUUUAAAGAAAUAUUGCAAGCUUUGACAAAACUAUUUCCUUAUUUACAACUUCCAUAACUUCCAUUUGCCUGCCAUAUUAUUGACCAAGAAAGACUAAUUAGAAAAUCACCAAGGAGACGACCUUCCUGAAAAUUUCACUGGAGGUUCAAGAAGGAGGGGGAUCGGAGGAUGUCCGGGGAGGCGGCGACGAGCUGUGACUGGGGGGUGCUGGCCGGGCAGGUGACACAGGUGGUCGACCCACACUGCUUCUGGAUGCAGAUAUGGACAAGUGAAAGCUUGGCAGUGGUGGAGCAGUUCCAAGAACAGCUUGGCCAGUUCUGUAGUAAGAGUUUCAAUCCCGUGUCAAGCAGUGAGGCCCUGGAAGGGGGCCAGCUGGUUCUAGUGGACUGUCAUCCCCAGGAUGGGCCUCGCUGGAGGAGAGGCCUCAUCGCCAGAGUCAUGGAUAGUGAGAACUGCGCAGACAUUUUCUUUGUGGACUAUGGCAACACAGAAACAUGCGGUGUUGAGGAUGUCUGCUCCAGUUUUCCCGACAGCUUCAAGUCACUGCCUCCCCAGGCUGUGAGAUGUGCCCUCGCUGGUGUCAAUCCGAUUGGGCGUAACUGGACAACCCGGGGGACGAAAACAUUCCAGCGGUUGGCAGGGGAUGGGGUCCUCCAUGUGGUCAUUAUAAACUGUGACCCGAUCUCCAACUUCUUCGAGGUGGUGCUCUAUCCAAGUGAUGAGGACAAUGGGCAAUCCAUCUCUCACAGCCUGCUGGAGGAGGAGGUGGCUAUGCCUACCGAUAACUUGACACUGCCAGAAUUCUUCAGGGAUGUCCCUGGAACGCUGGACAGUUUGUCAGAUGUAGGGAAUAAGCAAGGCAGUCUUGUAGCGAAUAAAGAAGUAGAAAAGGCAGCACCUGUCACUCCGCCAAAGGCUCCCCCUGCUAGCUCUGAGAAGUACAUUCCACCUCAUGUGAAAAAUCCAGGAGCUUUGUCAGGGGCCCUGCCACCAGGAUAUGAUCAACCUCAGGCCCCUGCAGCAGGAUAUGUAAAACAAUCUUCUCCAGGCCAGGGCUCAGCCAAUAAAAAUGGGAAACCAAGCCCUUAUGGUGGAUAUGGAAAACAAAACUCUGGAUAUAAUCAGAACUAUUCGCAUGAUUAUGGGAAACAUGUCUCUGUGUAUUCCAAUAACCAUCAGAAUUCCCCACCUGGCUCAAGAAAUGUGCACCAGUCUGGAUUUAGACAACAAAGCAGUGGCUACUACAGAUCACCUACUAAAACCAGUCCAGGGGUUGAUCUGAAAGAAAAAGAACCAGUCAAUGAUUUCUUCCCAUUCCAGACUGUGUCUGUCUACCCUCCAUCUUCGGGCAGUCCAUUGAAAAGUCCAGUGAAAGGGCCAAGGGAAAAUGCACAAGGACCGACAAAUAGUUCUUACUUUCCCCCCUCACCAAGCAAAUAUUCCAACAAUAAUCAUGGGUAUGGUGAUAAUUAUCAGAAUGGCAGGCAAUCUUCAGGUGACAUUGCAAAAAACAAUGGAUACAAUGACAGUUACUCAAACAGGAGCCCAGAUAAAAGGUUUGCCAAAUUUAACAGCCAUUCACCAGCAAGCAACACAUUUGAACCAAGCUUCAUGGCUCAGCAGGCUGAUGAAAGACACAGCUCUCCAAACCAGUCCAAGCAUCUGCGGUCUCGCGCCAGUCCGUUUUCAAGCCCAGAGAAAGAGGACAGUCCCAGGCCAAGGCCAAGAUUAAACAUAGAGGCGGCCAACUCCCCCGCCCCAUUUUAUCCUCCCCGCUUCACCCACCAUCAUCACAAUGCAGCCAUGGAAAACCUGCCCUCUCACCAUCAACCUGGCCCAGCACAGAGAAUGAAGCUCCUCCCUCCAGACUUCUACCAGUCACAAGCUCCGCCUUCCCUCAGCUCACAAGCCCAACCCUCUCUCACCCCGCCAGAUCAGUUUCAGGCAGCUCGCAGCCACAGCCAAUCAAAGGAAUACGGUUCAACCUAUGACCGAGAGGAUACUAGAGAAUUCUCAAACAAGUCAGACUACAGUUAUAGUGACAACUAUGCUCAUGGCACUGAGCAUUAUUCACAACAAUGGCAGCAAAGUCCUAAUGGCAACAAAAUUAAUAGUAAUAACAUCAGCAGUGUCAGUGAUUAUCCUGCCAAAGAGGUCAGAAAGGUGAGCUCUAGUCGGAACGCAGUGAUUUAUGAACGGCAGGACAGCCAGGGCAGGACGGUAGAGAAAAGCCCUGAUACACCUUACAUCGAGGGCUUCAAUUUCAGCGAGCUUGAUCACACACACAUGAUUACAAAGGAGCACCUGAAUGAGCGUGAGGCGGCUGAGCGACUGAGGGCUCUUCAAGAGGAGGCUGCGAUGGUUGAGAAGGAGACAGCAGAACAGUCCGCCCUCGUCAACCUCGCUAGAUUUGGUAACCGUCAGAGCCACUCAGACACAGAGCCAUGUGACGAUGCGGAGCUGGAGCCGGAUAUUGUGGACGAGAUAGCCAACGAGAUACGCUACACCACGCAGUACAGGACUAAAGAGUUGGAGGAGUUACGUCGAUCGCCUGUAAAGAAGGCUGGUCAGCCAGCAGAAAGAGACGUUCCUAACAAACUAGAGGGUAUACCAGCCUCCUACAUCAGCGAUAUAGAUUUCUCCGAGGCUGUCAGGGAGGUGUUGGAGUUUUCCAGGCAAGAAGAAAAGAUUGACAACACCAAGGCGCUACUGGACAGCAUCUUUGAGUCACUACGCAAUGUGAACUCGGAGAAGCAGCUGUACGACGUGUUGUUGCUUCUGCUGGCGUACGCCAUCCGUGAAUACAACCUGUUCCGCUGCGUCAUCAUGGAUGCCAUCAACACCCUAAGCUAUGACCUAGAGAUCAAAGAGAUCCUAAUGCGGGCAUUGAAGAGGCAACAGGAGCUGUGUAUUACUGAGCGCAAGUGUGGAACCUCCCUGCCUCAGAAUUGUGCUCAAGUCAUGGGACACAUCUAUGUUAUGGCAUCAGCUUGGAGUGACAGCAACGUGACCAUCCAUGAAAAUAUUUUGCAGACAGUGGAAAAAUGGAUACUCUUCAAUAAUAAGGGUCAGCAGCUGGGUCAGCAGGGUAAAGAGGGAAUGUUUCUGGACUGCUUCACAGCAUUCUGGGAGGUGGCCGGUCACCUGCUCUUCCAUCACAACACAUCGUUCCAGGCACGUAUACGCACAGACAUGAGGCACAAAAUUCUUAACGAGAAUGUUGACAGGUAUAUCAGGGAGCGCCUACUGGAGGAGGUGUACCUGACCAUGUUCUCGCCACGCCCUCAGGCAGCCCACAUGGCCACACAGACAAACCGUAUAACCAGCAUACCUUCCUCAUGCCAGGUCAAACCAUGCACCACAGAUGCAGCCACAUACACACCAAAUGACUGGAAUGAAGAGCAGUUUUACAACAUUAACAUGGACAAAUACGGAGUGUCCCCAGCCUCAGAGGGGAGCAGCAGAGAUGAACAAGACACAGAUCAUGUGACCUCUAGCACACCCGAACCCAAGGUCAGUCUACGUCCACGAGGAAGGGGCCGAAGGUUCAGCAAUGUGACCACAGAAAACCCGGGCGACAAGGGUGAUAGCAGGCCUGAGAGCCCGCUAACACAUGCUGAUCUUUCCAUGAACAAUGCAUCAAUGAACAGUGCAUCAUUCAUGUCAGCCACAUCUGACAGCAUCUAUCACACUCCUGAUGAGACUAUGAGCAAAGACCGUAACAAUGAAAAUUUGAGAGAUAAAAGUUUUUCUGCAAGGGGAGAUUUGACUUCUGCAUUUAAGGAAAAUGCAGAAUCUGAAAACCAUGGAGAUACAAGUGUUAUUACCUCCACUCAUCGUUCUAGUCAGUUUGGUUGUGAUUCGAGUGGUGGCUCAAGGACAAGGAGUAAAGAUAGUGCUAGGAAGUUUGUACCAUGCUCUAGUGAUAAGGGCAGGGACAAUGAGACUGGUUCUGCCAAGAGCAUUGUAGACUGGUUUGAUUAUGUCCCUAGUGCGGAUAGGGGCGGUGUUACCUCAGAAGAGAAAAAACUUAAAACUAAGAAAAAACUUGAUAGUGCUUCGAUGAGUCUUAUAGAACACGAAGAUCCGUUAUCGAAACUUGAUCUCAAGGAUAAGAAAAAGAAAAAGGAGAAAGAGGUUAAAAAAGGAAAGACUGAGGAGACAGUCAGGCAUGUGAAGGAAAACCCUAGCAAUAAGUUUGAAACUGCUGAUGCCAAAAGCACUGUGUCGAGCACUAAAAGUGAUGCAUUACAUGACAAAAGUAGAUCUGAAAAACAUAAAAAGAAACCAGCAAAUGAGAUGCAUGUGAAUAGUGAUGAAGAUUGGGAAAAGGGGUACAGUAAUGACUCAGCAAGUGUUAAAACAGUAGGAGACAGAGACACAGUGGUUGUGGAUGAGAAGAAAGACUGGUGGGGAGAUGAGGUGGCACUGGAGCCAGCAGUGAUUCAGGGUGUGAGUGGGUCCUGCGAGAUCUACAAUGAUCUUGGACCAGAUGUGAUCAUUGAGGGUGAGUUUGAGCAAGAUAUUGUAGAUAACAAGGUUGAAGACUUUGCUGAUAGUGCUGAUGAUAAGCUUAGCAGUAGAGGGAGUACGACAGGGUUGGAGAGUUCAGAAACUGCUAGUAUUGGGAGUCGUGGGAGAGGUAGGGGAAGGGGGAAGAGAAGGGACAGUCAGGAGGAUUCAGUGGUGAUUACUAUUCCUGCUAACCCAACAGGGAAGGAUGAGUAUGCAUUUGAAGUGGAGGGAGAAUGGGAGAGUGAUUUUGAAGAUGACUUUGAUAACAAUGGUCAGGUCGAUGAAGCUUAUGAGAAGGAGUUUCCAUCAGCUGAUCUUCAUGCUGCAGUUAGGGCUAAAGACACUAAACCUGUUGGAGCUAAUUUGACUACCAGCAAUAAUACCAGUGGUAUAACCCUUGAACGUGACAUAUACGCAAGAACUUCUGUAGAUCAAGAGUCAUCACGCAGUAGAAGCCUGGCAGACUUUAUCCCUGGAGUUGCAACGACUGCGGAGGAGUCUCGUCCACCACGGCCUCGGUGGACUCCUGGACCAAGACGCUGUCUCGCCUGUCAUCAGCUGGACCACACAACUGAUGUCUGCCCUAACAAGAAAAUCAUACUACUGUAGCAGGCUAUGUUUGGAAAGAGUGCUUGAAACAAUUUAGGCAUAGUUUUUGCUCUUUGGUGUAGAAAUAAAUGAUAAAUGAUGAGAUGAUGAUGAUGAUGAUGAUGUUAUUAUUAUUAUUAUUAUUAUUAUCUUGUGUAUAUCAGAAGAAACCUAUAGCUAAAGAUCACAACUCAAAAACCAUUCAAGGCACCGGUAUUGAUUAAUUGGUUGAUUGAAAAGUACAGUUGAUUAUAUUUUGAUAUACCUGUGAGAACAGUGAGUUUACAGAAUACAUCAUUUCACUGUUCCUCUCAUCAUUCAAGCCCAUUUUACUAUCAUAUCUCAGAAAAAGCAAUGACAUUUUUCCGGUAGGUUGUAAAUUUUGUGAAGAAAUUGCGCAAUUUUGCUAAUCAAUGCCACCUUACAAGUGUAAAUGAAAUAUAACCAUGGAUGAUUUUUUUUUAUUUAUUUCAUUGUUUGAAAUAUAAAACAAUAUAAAAUACAGGUAAUUAAAAAUAAAUAAUUUGGAAGACCUUUUUAUGACACUUGACCCAAAGAUAAGGGUUGGCAUCGCCACAUGGUCUAGUUAUUGCUUUAAAUAUAAUGUAACAAUUAGAAUUUAAACUGAAUGAUUGAUUGAUAUUAAGUGAUAAAAAAACUAUAUUUGAAAUGCUUGUACAACUAUUACUUUUUAAAUAUAUAUUCCUACUGGACAUAGAUAAUGAUUUAAAAAAAAAAGCAAUCAUAAUAUAAAAAAAUAUGAUCCUUGAUAAUAUGUCCCAUAUUCGAUAAAUGGGCAAUUGGUUUGAUAUUAUAAAUAGUUCAUUGUUGAAUGUUGUUUAUUUUUGGGUGAAAUUCUAGAUGUGAUUAUUUGUAUGAAACAGAUGAAACCUAGUGCAAGAUAUGGCAAUUGGUGCAAACAGUUUGUUUUUAUGCUAACCUCUGAGAUAUUUCUGCUAUUAUAAUAAUAAUAAUCAGUUUGAUCUAUUGAUUUAUAAACAAAUAUUUCCUUGUAUUUAUUUAUUUAAGAUUGUUUGGCAAUUAUUUUUGUGUUAUUUUGGUGUAAUGUGCUUGAAGAAAUUAAGCUUAGGAUUUUCUGAUACCUGGGGAAUAUUACCAACCAGUCAAAAUAUUACACUUGUUCAAUGGUUACAACUGAAAUAUGAACAACCAGUCACACUAUUACACUUGUUCAAUGGUUUCAAGAAAAUAUUAACAACCAGUCACACUAUAACAUUUGUUAAAUGGUAACAAAUGAGAUAUGAACAACCAUUCACACUAUAACACUUUCAUUAGUUAGAAAGAAAAUAUAAACAACCAAUCACACCAUGACACCUGUUCAAUGAUUACAAAUGAAAUAUUAACAGCAAGUAACACUAUAACACUUGUACAAUAGAUGCCAUGGAAUUAUGAACAACCAGUCACACUAUAACACUUGUUUAAUGGUUACCAUGGAAAUAUGAACAACAAGUCACACUAUAACACUUGUUCAAUGGUAACCAUGGAAAUAUGAACAACCAGCCACACUAUAACACUUGUUAAUUGGUUACCAUGGAAAUAUGAACAAUCAAUCACACUGAAACACUUGUUAAAUGGUUACCAUGGAAAUAUGAACAACCAGUCAAACUAUAACACUUGUUCAAUGGUUACCAUGGAAAUAUGAACAACCAGUCACACUUUUACACUUGUUCAAUGGUUACCAUGGAAAUAUGAACUACCAGCCACACUUAAACAUUUGUGCAAUGGUUACAAUGGAAAUAUGAACAACCAGUCACACUCUAACACUUGUUCAAUGGUAACCAUGAAAAUAUGAAUAACAAGUCACACUAUAACACUUGUUCAAUGGUAACCAUGAAAAUAUGAACAACCAGUCACACUAUAACACUUGUUCAAUGGUAACCAUGGAAAUAUGAACAACCAAUCACACUAUAACACUGGUUCAAUGGUUAACAUGGAAAUAUGAACAACCAGUCACACUAUAACACUUGUUCAAUGGUUACCAUGGAAAUAUGAACAACCAGUCAAACUAUAACACUUGUUCAAUGGUUACCAUGGAAAUAUGAACAACCAGCCACACUCUUAACACUUGCUAAUGUUUUAGACAUCACAAAUAAUAAUACUGUUCAGUCAGUGUUACGAAAUGCUGUUAUGGAGUUUUGUAUCGCUUUAGUUUGAUCCCUUUGCAACUGAAGUUCAGAAUAAUUUUAAAAAGGUUUAUAGAUACUUCAUUUUCAAUGAUUAACAGAGGUACCUAUUUAUAUUUUACUUUGUUAACUUUGUACUGGAUGGCACAGCAUAAAUUCUUUGAAAAUCACACCUCCAAUGACUUUGAGUUCCAAAUACAUAUUAUAUAAUAUUGCAAGUACAGUCAAACCUCGUUGGCUUGAACUCCCAGGUACCGGCAAAAAUACUUAUAGCCUCAAAAAAAUCGGGAAUGCUUACGUUCAGUAUAGAGAAAUCAGUCCUUAACAUCCAGUUCGAGCCAACAAGGAAAUCGAGCCAUACGAGUUCAAGCCAAUGGGGUUUGGCUGUUCUUUUGUUUAUAAUACACAUGUACAUACAUGUAGAAAACAGUUCUCGGAAUAAUUUGACUUUUUCUUGCAUGCAGCUGUGAACAUUGGAGGAUAAUUUAUUUCUUUUUUUUGUGUACGAUUUUUCAACAUGAUUUAAUACUGUAUAUACAUGUACAUGUAUUCCUGUAAAAUAGGUUGUAAGCCAAGAUUAGAAUAGAGCAUGGUGUUUUGUGUCAAAUUAACAUGUAUAUAUAAUGUAAAAAUAAAUAACAUUGUUGCUUUAAUUGGAUUUAUACGUAAAGAUACCAGUGUAAUAGCUAUACCGUCAAAAAAUAAUUAGCCUUUUAAAUGAAGUUUUCAAUUAAAAGCGAUGUGGCCAUAAAUUCCCUCGUUAAAAAAGUGACAAAAUAGCCCUAAUAAUUUUAUCUGUACUCAAAUUAUAAGCUUUUUUGUUUUUUAAGUCAAAUGAGUUAAAGAACAUAAUAAUGCAUUAAAGCUGCGCUCUCACAGAUAUACCAUUUUUACAACUUUUUUUUUUUUUUGUCUUGGAUCGUAUAUUUUCAUAUUUCCGUUUGAAAAUUAAUGUUUUAUGGCUGCUUAAACUGUUACUUACAGUUUAAGAAAAAUGCAGAAAACUUCAUUUGUUAACUUAAAUAUAAAAAUCAAAGAUCUAAUUUUUUGUCAGCAGUCUUAUAUUACUAGUUUCCAUGGAUUUCUGCAUGCUCGUUCCAAGACAAAAAAUAAAAAAGUUGUCAAAACGUUCAAUCUGUGAGAGUGCAGCUUUAAGAUUAAUAAAAAUAUUUUUUGUAUCUUUAUCAAGUGUGACCUAUAUUUUGUCCCUUAAAUAGAUUAACUUCCACUACACCUUUUAUGCUGCAGUGGUUUAUCCAUCUGGGGCGGUAUUCUUGUAGCAUCUUAGUGAAUAUUUCCAACUUAGUGAAAAUUUCGUAUUUUUUUUACAACGAUUAUUUUAAAUACCCUCUACAUUUUAUCAAAUUCAUUCAUAUGCAUCGGUUUUUUAGACCAUUUUCUUGCUUAUUUUCAUAUUUUGGUCAACAUACAUUGUUCGUUUUCUUAAAAUUCAAAUUAGAAAAAAAGGCAAUUUUUCACUAAGUUGAAACUUGUUACUAAGAUGCUUAAUGAAAAAGGCCCCUGUAUGCUUAUGGUAGUUUUAUUGUAACACUGCACUGUAUGCUUCUAUUUAUUUGCGCUGUGAUUCAAUUGAAAUGUUUGUCUUAUAAGUAUCUAUCAUGUGUUUCUGGUCUUGAUAGAAAAAUCUGCUCCAAGGGCACAGACAUUAGACAGUAACGAGGCUUGCCGAGUGACUGCCUAAACGGCUUGCUCGAGGGUCAGGUUUUUCUAUUCGGACUGGGGAAACAUGAAUUAUAUUAUUUCUUGCAUACCUAAAGUAGUUGAAUUUGUGGAAAAAUUAAUGUAGAAAACAGAUUUUUUAUUCAUUUCACCAAUAAUUGUGUGCGAUGUUGUUUACUGACGUCAUGAAGUGUACUAAUUUUAGAUUAUUACUAACGUCAAAUAGUUCCUCUAAAAAUUGUGAUUUGUGGUUUUGAUGAUUUUUUAUUUUCAAUUUUAAUUAAAAAUCUUGCAUACUUAUAUAUUUGAUUGCGCUUAAUUGAAAAUUUUCAUUAACCUUACAGCUAAGAAAUAAGAAGUUGGCGUUGUUGACAUGUUGGGUGUAAGACAGGGUUUUCUGGCACUGUUCACACAAUUAGACGCACAUGUCCGGUAUGCAAGAAUACAAGUUCUGAAGAUUUAGGGAAAUUGGGAUAAAAACAUACAGAUACAUAUAAUUUUGAUAUGUGAUUAUAGUAUAAAUGUAUAUGUAACAUUUAUAAUCAUUAAUUCAUAUAUAUUUUCUUUCAUCUUAAGGAAAAGAAACCUUAUCAUUUGAAAAUGUUUUAUAUAAUAUUUUUUUCCUGAAUUUCAUUUUUGUAAAUUGAAAUGUUAGCAAUCAUUCUCUCCUCUUUCAAGUUUUUUUUAUUAUUAUGAAGAAUUGUUUAUGAAUUCAAGUGAAUUAAAGAAAAUGAUAAUUUAAAUUACAAGUAAAUUGAUGUACUGUUUACAUAAUGAAUGUACAUGUUACAGAAUGUGAAAACUUAUGUGGUUAUGGAAGAGUCAUUAAAAUGUCGGAAAACACAACUUAAAUCAAUGACUUGUUUUUGUUAGUGUAAAUAUGUUGUAUUGUUUCUUAAAAGGAUAUUUAUUAAUAAACACUGAAAUUGUGA